GAUGGCACAACCUCAGCCUAGAUCCCUUGUAGAAGCAGCUACGCUUGAAGGGCAUGAAGAACGAGUCUGGAGUCUCAGCUGGCACCCAGAACAUCAGUGCUUAGCUACUUGUUCCUCUGACCAAACUGUAAAGAUUUGGAACUAUGAAAAUGAUCAAUUUGUCAACCAAUUUACCCUCAAGGAUGGUCAUACCAAAUCGAUCAGAUCAGUAGAUUGGAACCCGAAUGGCAAAACCCUUGCCUCCUGCAGCUUCGAUGGAACUGCAGCUCUCUGGAACUUUGAAGAUGGCGAGUUUGAGUGCGUCGCAACCCUUGAAGGACACGAAAAUGAAGUCAAAUGCGUAUCAUGGUCUCAAGACGGGAAGUAUAUGGCCACAUGCUCCAGAGAUAAGAAUAUUUGGAUCUGGGACACCAAUGAUUCAUUCGAAUACGAAUGCAACUCUGUCCUCUCUGGACAUACUCAAGACGUAAAAUUUGUCAAAUUUAAUUCAAGAUAUGAAAUGCUCUUCUCAUGCAGUUAUGACGAUACCAUAAAAGCAUGGAAGUAUGAUGAAUCAUUCGAUGACUGGGUCUGUGCAUAUACCAUAGAAGGCCACACAUCUACAGUCUGGAGCCUUGAUUUCGACCAAUCAGAAAAAUUCUUAGUCUCUGUAGGAGACGAUAAGAGCAUCAAAAUCUUUGAAAUUGAUGAAUCCGGAGCUGUACUUAAAAGUAGCACUGAAGGAGUACAUUCGAGAUGUAUUUACAGUGUAUCAUGGGGCAAUAGUUCAAACAAGAUUGCUACAUGAGGAGGUGACAACAAGAUUUACCUUCUCGACCCAACAGAUAUGAGCAAUGUUACCGUUGAGGCUCAGUCACCUCCUGGCCAAGGGCAUUCAAACGACGUAAACUGCGUUGCAAUGCAUCCGUCCUCAAAUACCAUCGCCUCUUGAUCUGAUGACCGUACUGUAAAAAUUUGGACUUUCUAG